ACUUACAGCAGCGUCGGACCAUCAGCUCAGUCCCAUCAUUCGGUGCAGUUGAGUAAUCAUUACACCUACAUUAAAUUAUUGCACUCCAAGCUAUGCACGUGCCUAAAACAAUGACCUGUUGUUAUUUUUGGCACUGUUCUCUGCGCGGAACGACUGAAAACUCCUUAUUUAUCGGGAGCAUCAUAUCAGGGAACGGACUCUCUGGCGGAGAGCAGGACGGGAUGGCAUCGCAACAGUGCGUUUAGGAAACGGGAAUGGGAAGUUUAAACGUUCGUGGACUGCGGAUACUGGCUAAAAAACACGAGAGGGACGGCUUUAAAGGAAGUUUAAAAAGGAAUAAUCUGCAAAAAUUCAAUAAUCGUCUCUGAAUGAGGCACAAACUCUGUUUGUGGCGGACUGUUAAUUCUUCACAUUAAGCUGUGCUGGUUCUUCGGGCACAAUGAAAUCCAUCUUCUAUACUCGCUUUUUCAUCCUUCUUCCGUGGAUCUUGAUAGUGAUAAUCGUGAUUGACAUCGAUACGAAGAGGCUGUCUGUUCGGAACACGGCCAGCUUUUAUUUGUCUCGGCUGGGAAAUGUGCAGCAGCAGCGGCAGGUCGUCAGGACGACUCGGAGCAGCAGCAGCAGCAGCACCACCACCAGCAGCAGCAGCGGGAGUAACGCCACAUCUCUCCCGGUCAUUUAUGCCAUCACUCCUACUUACAGCCGAGCGGUGCAGAAAGCAGAGCUCACCCGCUUGGCAAAUACGUUCCGCCAGGUUCCGCAGUUCCACUGGAUCGUGGUGGAGGACUCUAACUCCCACACGGAGCUGGUUUCUCGGUUUCUCGCCCGCUCUGGGCUGCGAUACACUCACCUGAACGUGUUCACUCCGCGCAGGUUCAAGCGGACAGGGAUGCCCCGAGCGACCGAGCAGAGGAACUUAGCGCUCGGCUGGCUGAGAGGACAUCGCUCGGUCAAAGAUAAAGGAGUCGUUUUCUUCGCGGAUGAUGAUAACACUUACAGCCUUGCGUUAUUUGAAGAGAUGCGGUCAACCAGGAGAGUGUCAGUGUGGCCGGUGGGACUCGUUGGAGGCCGGAGGUACGAGCGGCCCUUAGUGGAAGAAGGGAAAGUGGUUGGCUGGUACACAGGCUGGAAGGCCGAGAGGCCAUUUGCAAUUGACAUGGCUGGCUUUGCAGUGAACCUGCAGGUGAUCCUGUCAAACCCACGUGCCCUGUUCAAGAGAAGAGGAGCCAAACCAGGGAUGCAAGAGUCUGAUUUUCUCAAACAGAUCACCAAGGUGGAGGACUUGGAGCCAAAGGCCAAGAACUGUACACAGGUCCUGGUCUGGCAUACCCGCACUGAGAAGGUCAACCUGGGUAACGAACCAAAGCGGCAACAGGACUCAGUCUAUAUAGAGGUCUAGCGAUUGACACUGGACUAAGACUGUCAUAUACACUCUUAAAAAUAAAGGUGCUU